GCAGCCCCGCGCAGCGCCCCCGCGCGCAAGAAGGCGCAGGCCACGCCGCCCCCGGAGCCGCCGCCGCCGCCGCCCGUGCCCAGCGGAGAGGAGCUGCCCUGGGGAGAUGUGUCCAUCAACAAGUGCUUGGCGCUCGCCUCGCUGCUGGCGCUGCUGGGCUCGGCUCUGCAGCUGUGCCGCGAUGCCGUGGCUGGGGAGGCCACUGCCCCAGCGCCUGUCCCUGCGCCCUGGGUCCCACCGAGCCCUCCCAGGAAGGAGCCAGCGGUGACCUCGCCUAAGCCCCCCGUCUUGGUGCCCCCAACGGCGCCGCCCGCGCCCCAAGCCGACUCGGAGGCGGAGGAGGGACCCGAGGUUCCCGGCAGCCCGGGCGCUGCCGAGCUAGGGCCUGCGGGGGAGACGCGCACGCCUCUCGCACACCGAGGGCCCAAGGACAAGCGGGGGAAGGAGAGGCCGCGCAGAGAGGAGAAGCCGCGCAGGGAGAGGUCGCGCAGGGAGAGCGGCGCGCCCCGCGAAGCCCUGCCCCGGCGCUGGGAGGUGCGCGACUCCGAAGACCGCGGACACCGGAAGAGGCAGGCCCGGCCUUCCCCGAGGCGAUCCGACCUGGAGGAGCGGCUCCCGGGCCGCCGGAAGCCCCGCGCAGGCAAGGGGCGGGACUGAGCCCGACCUGGUCGUGCCGCACGUAGCCCAGGGCGCCAUCUGGACUCCCGCAAAAUAAAGCGCGUGCAGAGACCGCUCCCUCCAUCGCCUGCUUCCCUAGCCCGUGCACCCUGGGAUCCGGCACCUGAACCACGGGGACGGGGGAGGGAGCGGGCGUCAGGCAGUGAAGACCCCCCCCCCCCCACGGGCUCCCAAACACGCACGGAGACCCUAGCUGGAUGCUUGCUCAUCUUUAUGGGGGGAGGGGGCGAC